GACCAACCGCGCAACACCAAACAGUUUGCAUCGAACGGCGGCCGAUGCAAGUUCAGUUUUAAUUUUAAACCGAUAAGCAAAGUGAACAUACGCGGACAUUUCUAUAUAUGAAUAUAUAUUCUGAUUCAUUAAAGCCUCAUUGUGUGUUGUGCAGAAUUUAAAUUCAGUUAGACUAGGCGUAGACGAAGCCGCAAGAAACCAUACAAACGUUAAUCACGUGUGACUGCGCACCUUUGCAAGCCCCGCCGUAUAUAGUAUACACAGUAGAGAGUGGAGGAGCGUAAUAAAAAAAUAAUAAAAAAAUAAUAAUAGUAAUAAAAAAAUAAUAGAAAAUUGCAACAUGAUUGAGCAUGAAGUCAUACACACAAAUAAGACAUCAAAACGUAUAAUGGACAUUCUUCAGGACAUAAGUGAAUUCUUUGUGGUAUUUGUAAAAAUACUUUUAGAAUUAUUGCAUAGACUUUUUGAAAAGUUAAUGGCUAAGAAACUAAAGGAUAUUAGUGGUGAAAUUAUAUUGAUAACAGGCGCUGGACAUGGCAUUGGACGCGAAUUGGCGCUGCAUUAUACCGCCUGGGGUAGUGUUGUUGUCUGUGUCGAUAUCAAUGAGAAGAACAAUGAGGAGACUUUGAAGAAAGCUAAAAGACUUAUGCAAAAUUCUGUUUAUGCUUAUACUUGCGAUGUGUCGGAUCGUGAUGCGGUUUUGCAGCUAGCCGCCAAAGUUGAAGCUGAAGUUGGACGUGUCUCUGUGUUGGUGAAUAAUGUCGGUAUCAUGCCGACACAUCCGCUGGAGCAACAUACUGCUGAGGAGAUAAGACGCGUAUUCGAUAUAAAUGUUUUAUCACAUUUCUGGACACUCGAAGCAUUUCUGCCGCAAAUGAAGCAACAGGGGCGUGGUCAUAUUAUAUGCAUUUCGUCUAUUGCCGGCAUUGUUGGUCUGACCAAUUUAGUGCCAUAUUGUGCAACGAAGUAUGCGGUGCGUGGCAUGAUGGAGGCGUUACAUGAGGAAAUACGCGAUGGGCCCUAUAAGGAUUUUAUAAAUCUCACCAUUGUUUACCCCUAUAUGACUAACACGGGUCUUUGCAAACGUCCAAAGGUAAAAUUCCCCUCAAUGCUCGGACUUUUGGACCCAAAGGAGGUUGCCAAACAUAUUGUGGAGGCACACCGUGCCAAUAUUAAUGAAACUACAAUACCUAGUAGCCUGCUACAUGUCAAUAAUUGGUGUCGUUUGUUACCAUUGCGUUGUGGUCUUUUACUCAAGGAUUACAUAGAUAGCGGCGUUGAGUCAGAUUUGUGAGAUUUUGUUAGAAAAACAAAAAAUUAUAAUAAUAAUGAUAAUGUUUUAAUUGGUUUGUAUUAUAGUUUGUGGUUUAUAUAUUGUAAGCUUUUUAAAAAUGUAUUUUAUAAAGAAAAAAUAAAAUUCACUGAUAUUCGUUUCUAAAAAAAAUAAAGACUUAAGAAAUAUAUAUAA